AUGUCUUCUUAUUUACAAUUUCAAGUCUCGGAGCAUCCUGGACAUUUGAUUGAUGCUACAAAAAGCUAUGACUUUACUAAUACGGAUGGGAUCGUACUACUUGGAGGUGACGGGACAUACCACGAAGUACUCAAUGUAUUGAUGAGAAAGAGACGGGAGGAACAGGGUGUGGAUAUUAACGACCCAAAUGCAGCAUUAUCUCCCUUGGACAUUCCAUUCGGCUUGAUACCAACUGGGUCAAGAAGUCAUUGGUCAGUAAAUCACACUGGCUCUCAGGAUGUCCUAACGGCCACUCUUCACAUCGUUCAAGGGAGAACCGUGACCUCUAAUCUGAUGGCUCUACACAGCAAUGGUAAACUUCUAGGAUUUGGGUGUGCUGGCUUCGGCUACGGAUAUUAUACAAAUGUCGUAGUUCGAUGUGAUAGGAAUUUCCGCUGGUUAGGACGAUCCCGAUACAAGUUGGUUUCCACGUGGAUGCUCCUGUUUGAAAGCUUUACACAAUACAUUUACGAUGCCAAAGUCACCUGCUACACGUCUGUCACCGAGCGACGUAACACUGAGACCAAGGAGACGGAGAUCUUUGUUGCUGAUAGAAAACUCACUGGAUACACUUCUUAUACCGCUGAUACAGUGACCUAUAACCGAACGUUUUGGGACAUGUUGAUCUUCAACGAUAAUGCCAACUUUGACGGACGUGUACUCAUGGACGCCUCUAGAAUGUUUGUUCCCAAACCCACAAUGUUUUCUUCAUUCCUGCUGGUCGGUACCAUACCAUUAGAACAUGUGCGCAAGGCUUUCAAACAGCUUCGUGAAAAAAAGGACUUGGACCAAUUCCCAAAUGAGAUAGAUGUUUUACAUGUACGAGGACUCAAAUUGGAUCUAACAGGAAAUCCAAAUGAUGCAGGACCGGAUACGUCGAUGGGAAGGGGAACAACAAUACUAGACGGGGAGAAAUAUGAAAUGGAAACUCCAACAUUUGAAUUAUGGUACAAAGAGGACAUCGUGCCGAUCUUUUCCAGUUAUUUGUGAAUACAAAGAAAUGCACUAUCAAAUGAUGCCAUGCAUUGCAUGCAUAGGUUAUAUUGUUUAAUUGUGAUUUUGAUAUAGGUUUGUUUACACCCCUUUCAAAAUUUCUCUUAUGCUAGUCUUAUUUUAUAAAGAGUGUAAUGUUGAUUUUUUUUACGGUUUCUGACUAUUGUAGUGGGUAUUACAUAUAUGUUGUCUCUAAAACCUUCGAUAAAAGAUUCUGAUAUUUUUCUUUUUAUUCUUGAAGGAACAUUUUGUAAGAUUUUGUGAUUUUUAAUUUAAAAACUAUUUGAUUUCUUACAUUUACAGGACGAAUUGAUGUUGAAUUGUAUUUAAUUUAUUUAAAUGGAAUUUGCAGUCCUGAGCUAUUUCCAAUUUUAUGAUAAUUCGUGUAACGAACGCAAAAGUUACAGGCAUUCUACAAUGUUUUUGUUAUGUAGACAUGUGUUGCUAAGGUAUUUGAUGGGGAAAAUUCUUGAAUUAUAACUUUACAGAUCCAUCAAGUGUUCAAAUUACAUUGAAGCUAAUUUUAGAAAUUUUAUGUUUGUUUGAAAAUGGACUUUUAAACAUUCAUUUAUUUGAAAGAAAGUUGAAAAGAGCUAUUUUCAUAUGCCCAUUUACAUCUUUAUACAAUAGUGUAAUAUGAUUUAGUAAUAUCAAUUUUAUUCCGAUUGAUAGAAAAGGAAAAUGACCAGGUAUAUACACGGGCUGAAUAUUGAUCGUUUAAUACUUGAAUGGCAUAUUGUUAUCAUUUUUAUGACGAAAUGUCUCAAAAUUAAAACUAAAGGUACACUGUAUAUUGUCGGAGUCCAUUACACUUGGCAUCAUUGGCGACAUACUACUACAGACAUCAAGGGGAACUUUGGCAGAGAUAGUAAGUUCCUUGGAGGGGGAUUCAUAACAAUUUUUAUUAAUAUUUGUAUGUGCAUUGUAUUUAUCUCAGAACAGUGUAUCAAAUAAACGGGAAAAUAUGA